AUGUGUUACAUUAUUUUAAUAUUACCUCCUUGGGUAUCGGCACCUCAACCUCGGCAUGUGCCUCGUGUGUUGUGUUGCAUCUGUUAUACUUUGCUGUUGUUGCCCCGUCGGAUAUACGUAAUCUCUUUUUUCCUUUCUCUUUUUUGUUGUAGGUGUGUUAGAGCGCUUAACAUGGGUUCGUCGGGGUAUGACACUUCAUAUAAGAGUUCUCUGAGUAGCGCGCCAAGCUCAGUCGGUUCCCGCACUAGCAGACAGAUAUCAGAGGGUGCAACGAGCGUUUUCUCUGGUGAAACUUCCUCAGUUUCCGGUCAUGACCCAGUGUUCCGCAAUGUUAAGCGAAACCCAAAUCUACAGUUCCUAAAACCCGACGAUAGUGUUAUUCAUGUUUCCCCUUCUGCGCGUAACGUAGUCCGGUAUGUUGCUUCCAACUAUGAUAGUUUUCCAGACGGCCAUUACAGAGUUGUUGACUAUUUUCGAGUGGCUGUUGAGAUGUUCCUUCAACAGGUACGUUUGGAGUAUGAAAAGCAGGCUGUUCAGGCGGUGAAGAAUGGUGUAAAAAAACCCCGGUAUACAUGGGGAAACAAGAGCGGACUGGCGAUCUCUUACGCGACUAGCUGCGACAUGUUAAAGUUACUCUACGAUGUCAUAUCUGAAGAAAACCGCCCCAAGUGGGACGAGGUGGUCAAACAGUUUAUUUAUUUCCUAAUCUCCGAAUCGGGUAUACCUGGGGGUGUCUUUUCGGAGCAAACAUAUCAUACAAAGUUCCUUGACUGGCGGAAAGGGGGGACACGAUACCAAAACCUUAGCAUGGCGUCGAAUGUGCGCUUCCCAUCCGCUUCCCACAGGCGCCAAGGUGUAGAAAACUACCUCCGGAGUGGAUCGUGGCUAAGUAUGAAAACAACGGAGGUUACCGUACUCGCUAACACGGACGGUACAUCCAGAGGCGAGAGCAUGGGAGGGGUUACGGAUUCCACUCCUUCCUGCUCGAACUCACACGCCAGUAGCAUGUGUUAUCCACCAGCCACUAGAAUCCAGCAGAGGAUAAACAUGGAACACCCUGUCGUACCCGCUAUGGCAAAACAGGUAGACGACUUUUCACCUAGACGAACACGCUGGAGGGAAAAAUUGACACAAAUCAUGGGGAGCCCUUCAGCGAGGGGAUUGGGAGAGGAUAGAUCAAACAUGGUACUGACUUUUGUUCGUCUAUGUCAGGUAUGUGACUCCGCCGAGCAGGCAGAAAGUUUAACGGACAUCAUUGUGGAAUCUGACGAGAGCAUUCAACGUUCGUUUGAAGGUAACGGUGGAAUAGCUGUCCUGCGACGUUUCGUGGGUGAACCCAAGUGGGGAUGCCAAUUUAAAUUUCUUUUUGGUCUUGUGGAGAAGCUGCUCCGGAUGCGACUUAUGUCAUGGGGUACCGAGAGUCGCCAGUCAUGGCUGCGUGACCUGAACGGCCGAGGCCGGCGGAACCUGGACUGGCUUCGGAACAUCGAAGUAAUUCCAAAGGGAGAGCGUGAGAAGUGGACAAACUUAGUGAGGGAGCUCGAAGCUCGGUACGUGCUCAUGCCUUCGCAUCGGGAUCUAGAGCAACCUGCCCGUGUGAAGCGUCCGCCAACGGGCCGCGAGGGGCUCGAGCAAAAAGUAGCUUCCAGCGAUGGACACUCGGUCAAGCCCCAGCUCUGUGUUUCCAAUUCCCGCUGCAGGCGGCUUCCUACGGAGUUUCUUACGCUACCGGAUCCUGAAGCGGAGGGGGACGUAAACAACUUCAUGGACCGCAAGGCGAAGUAUUGCGAGGACGGUCAGGCGGAGUGGCGUAAGGCUCUUCGUAAAGCUGCGGGUGUGGACCUCGGGGGUGUGUCGGUUCCGAUUUGGUACGAUCCGUAUCAGUUAUUGGAUACAAGUCAAUGUUCUUCUGCGUAG